AUGACGGCAGCCGCAUCCACAACUUCAAUGCUCGAGUUUGAGUCAAACAUGGAUGUUGACAAGCUGACUUUAGAAAUCUUCUCCAUUCUUGAAAAUAAGUUCCUUUUUGGGUAUGAACAAGAUCCCAAGUUGGUGACGCCAUCACCCGACGUUAAAAAUGUUCCUGCCGGAAAAAUAAGAAUCCUUAGCAUUGACGCCGGUGGGUCUACUGAUGGGGUCCUUGCAGCCAAGUCUUUGGCGCAUUUGGAAUCGGCCCUCCGCAGGAAAUCGGGAAACCCGAAUGCUUAUAUUACUGAUUUCUUUGACGUGGUCGCCGGAUCCGGUGUAGGUGGCAUCCUUGCAGGUCUACUGUUUACUCGCGGGAAUGAUGGUGAGCCCAUGUUCAGCGCGGAGCAAGCUCUUACAUUUAUUGUCGAAAAUAGCCGUAAAAUUUGUCAAAAACCGGCGGGUGGAAUCUUCCAGCGCGUAUUCCGUCCAUCAAAGGCUGAGAAGGUGCUUAAGAAAGUGUUUGGGGAACUAACAUUAAAGGAUACAUUAAAACCGGUUUUGAUUCCGUGUCAUGAUCUAAGCACGGGCGCACCGUUUCUGUUUUCUCGUGCUGAUGCUUUCGAAAUGGACGGCUGCAAUUUCCAAAUGGCCUGCAUUUGUGGAGCCACAACUACUAAUGAAGCAGUGCAUCUGAAGUCAAUUGAUGGUAGAACAAAGGUCGUGGCCGUCGGUGGUGGUGUGGCUAUGAACAAUCCAACUGCUGCUGCUAUAACUCACGUUCUAAAUAACAAGCAAGAAUUUCCCUUCUGUAAAGGAGUUGAAGAUUUGUUGGUUGUGUCAUUAGGCAACGGCGAGUCAGAUGCUGGAGUCAGGAGCACAAUGUCUUCGCAGGCCGCAUUUGUUAGGAUUGCCGGAGAUGGAGCUGCCGACAUGGUUGAUCAAGCUGUAUCGUUGGCAUUCGGUGACUCGAGAGGAAAUAAUUAUGUUCGUAUUCAAGGGAAUGGAAUAGUAGGCAAGAAGAAUAACAAAGAAAACAGAAACAUGUUGAAGAUUGCAGAGGAAAUGUUGGCAAAAAAAAACGUAGAAUCUGUAUUGUUUUCUGGAAAGAAAUUGGUUGAGAAAACAAAUAAGGAAAAGUUGGAAGAUAUAGGUGGAGAAUUAAUAAAGGAAGAAGAAAGAAGAAAAAGGAGCAUAGUACCAAUAGUAGUGUUGAAAGUACAAGGUGGUUCCCCGUCGCCAAGAUCAUCGUCCGCCACCACCCUAUCCACCCUCUCAUCGGUGUCGGUGUAA